AUGGGCCCGCUAAACUGGUUCUCUAUGAACCCGCCAACUCCCCCCACGAUUUAUGAUACCAACUCGAACUUCGGGGCGGGCGUCAUGGAUUCCUACCCACCGUACACCGACGUGGCCCACGCGGAGCCCUUGACCACUGCCUCUGGACGGGCUCUCGAGACCUAUGAGCCGCCUCUGUCGAUUGAGGACCCUUUUCUCGCGUGCAAUGCGCAAUUCCAGUUCCAGACCACUUUCGCAGACCUCAAGGCAAACCAGGCCCCAGUGCAUACUUUACCCCCACAGUCCCAAUGGUGGAGAGAUCAUGACCCCUCCUUCUCAGUGGGCUACUUCCCACAAGAACAGCCAACCUACACCGAUCGUUUGGCAUAUUGGAAUGGUGGAAUUUCAGGCAUUUCAGACCCCCAAAGCCCCCGCAGCAGUAACAGCGGGAGUACUCCUGGGAUCAGUGCCACUGCUACAUCUACGUAUCGAGAAGAUGACGGUCGUCUUUCUGCCUUUGACCAUCACGCCACAUAUCCUCCCCAGAGCGCCGCUUUGCCCUUAGGUCGAUCAAGCGCCUUGCCCCAGCCACAGGGCCCCGAUCUACCCUGA